AUGACGAAAGAAAUGAGAAUCUAUCAGGCUGCCGUCGACCUGGAUAAAGUCUUGACAGAGAACGGGAUCGGAUAUGGGUGUUUCGGGGGCUGGGCCAUCAAUGCAAUUGGUUGCGAUCGUGGCACAAAGGACAUUGACUGUCUCGUGGGCGCCGAAAAGGACGACAUCGCCCGGGUUUUCUCGGAUCAGCCCGGUUGGCAUCAAAUUCCUGGUCAGAGAGAAGACUACAUCGCUUUCCUCGUAGGGGAGAAGACGGAAAAUGUCCUGGUGGAGAUGUUUCCCUGUAAGCCUGGAUUUUCCAAAGUUGUACCAAUGUCACUGAUUAAGGAAGCAACCACCAAAGCUUCGGUGGGCACCGAGGCCAUCAAAUCCAUGAUGCAGAGCAUUGCAACCCGAACAGUCCCGGUUCGAGGUUAUUCAAUGCGAGUGUUGGAAAUCGUGUACAUUUUCAAGGGAAAGGUCAACGCGGCAGCAAACCGGUCCAAAGUCUCCGACAGCAACGACAUCGAGUACGUGCACGCUCAUUUCGAGUCGACUCUCCGAGAGCACGUGCAUCAAAUCAACAUUCAGGAUGUUGGCAAGGCCAUCAAGAGGUACCCUUCGCUGUCCAAGGUGUUUAGCAAUCUUGGUAUCGAUGUCAAAGAGGCAGUCGAACAAGCAGGAAGCCUCGAGAUCACCUCCAUGCAUCCUCCUCCGUUCCUUUGUCAAAAAGCCAUGUUGGAAUAG